GGGCGGGGCGCGGGAGCCGAAGGCUGCGGCGCGGAGGGGCUGCUGCGGCCCCGACCUUCCGCGACCCGGGGCGUUGGCGGCGGCGGCGCGGGCGGGGCCCACCAGCUAAUUAAGGAAGCACGACUGGAAGGUCUGGUUAAAAUGCAGAAUCAGCAAAGGAAACUAAGGAAACCGGGGAGUGGAUGACCGGUUAGUUGCAGGAGCCUCCGGGCUGUGUUCACUUGCUGGCUCCACCUCCACCCUGGUGUCCGCUCUGUCUCCCAAGUCUCCCUCCGGCUGGUGGCAGGACUGAGCACAAUGGUGGGCUCAGGACACACUGGAAGGUGAUGGGUCCACAUCUGCCCAAGGCUGGUGUUGCCAAACCCCCUCCCACCCUCUGCAGCUUCCAGGUUGGACCAGGAGCUGCAGGGCAAGCGAAGCGGCGUUGGCUGCUCCAGAAUGAACCACGGCUCCAAGAAGGGGAAGUAGAGCCCAGCUGGCGCUCGGCUAUGGCCUGUGAACCACCGAUGGGCCCCAGCGGGGCAGCCAGCCCACUGCCCACCUCCUCCCCGGGCUGGAGCGCCUUGCCUGGAGGGAGUCCUCCGGGCUGGGGGCAAGCUGGAGCUUCUGGUUUGCUUUCAGAGCUCCACAAUGGCCAGGUGCUCACGGUUCUCCGGAUCGACAAUACCUGUGCACCCAUCUCCUUCGAUCUGGGCGCCGUGGAGGAGCAACUGCAGACCUGGGGCAUUCAGGUCCCUGCCGACCAGUACAGGAGCUUGGCUGAAAGCGCCCUCUUGGAGCCCCAAGUGAGAAGAUACAUCAUCUACAACUCCAGGCCCAUGCGGCUGGCCUUUGCUGUGGUUUUCUAUGUGGUGGUGUGGGCCAACAUCUACUCCACCAGUCAGAUGUUUGCCUUGGGGAACCACUGGGUGGGUGUGCUGCUCGUGACCCUGGCAGCCAUGAGCCUGACCCUGACCCUCGUGCUCAUCUUCGAGAGACACCAGAGGAAGGCCAACAGCAACACAGACCUUAGGCUGGCGGCUGCCAACGGAGCCCUCCUGAGACACCGGGUGCUGCUGGGGGUGACGGACACGGUGGAAGGCUGUCAGAGUGUGAUUCAGCUCUGGUUUGUCUACUUCGACCUGGAGGACUGUGUGCAGUUUUUGUGUGACCACAUUCAAGAGAUGAAGAUGAGCCAAGAGUCCUUGCUGCGAAGCAGAUUGAGCCAGCUGUGUGUUGUCAUGGAAACUGGGGUGAGCCCCGAGACAGAGGAGGGGCCCGAGAACCUGUUGGAGGAAGCUCCUCUACUGCCCGGCAGCCCUCAUCCCGAGGAGAGGCCACUCAUGCAGACUGAGCUCCGCCAGCUUGUUCCUGAGGCUGAGCCGGAGGAAAUGGCCCAGCACCUGCUGGCGGUAUUUGGUGGCUACUACAUCCGGCUCCUGGUGACCUCGCAGCUCCCCCAGGCAAUGGGGACACGACACACAGACUCUGCAAGGUUUCCCUGCCCCUGCCAGCUCAUAGAAGCCCAUAUCCUGGGCACUGGGUGCUGCCCCUUCCUGGCCAGGUGACCUAGGGAGGAAGGCACCCAGCUUCCUGCAAGACUGAAGGUGAGACAUCGGGAAGGCUUGGCGCCCCAGCUGGCUGCAGGCGAGCCCCUAGGUGAGGAGAGAAGCAUCUAGGAACACGCUGAAGAGUGUCAGUCAUGUCAGUGGCAGGGGUGGUAUCGUGCUCACUCCCGGACUCUGCACAGAAAUGCCUGUUGACAUCCCAUGCUGACCCCUGACCUUUUCAGAAGCUGCUGGUAGCCAAGCUGGUCCCACUCCAGACUACUCUGUGCUGCCUAGAACCAGGGGCACGGAUGGAAGGCCACUCUCCCAUGCUUUCAUUGUUUGGAGAGCCCAGGAAAUGUGAAGAGGACCCUACUGGGCCAACCAUGUGUCCAAAGCUUGGUCUCCGAUGAUGCUCCCAUCCUUAGCUACUUCAUGUCAGAUGGGGAAACUGAGCCUUGGAGAGGACUCUGCUCUCUGUAGCAUUACCUUGGUCCUCUAGAAUUCCUAAUCUGAAGGGAAGAAGUCAGUUCUCAGAAUGUUCUCCACUUUCAAGUUUCUCCUGCCCUUUAUUUUAUGAAAAACAAUGGCCCCAUGUUGUUUGCUAGCACACACACUUCCAGGGGGCAGAAGAAAGAAACCAACAGCAUGUAACUGAUGAUGGAACUCUUUGGAAAAGAUCGAUUCUGAUUUGUGGAUGUCUUUUGUUUAAAGGCAUGCAUGCUUGUGGUUGUGGUGUUCUCCUUCAGGCCUGGAGCCACAGUCCUGUGUUUUCUGACACUAACACUGUCCUGGAAUGAAGCAUAAUCUGUCACUCAUGGCGUUCCAUGAAGAGCUCGGGGGCUUCCAGGUUCUCUGCUCCUGAGCAAGUUUGAAGACCAAUUAUUCCAUAGGCCCAAAUCCAAAAGACCUGCCCUGGCAUGCAAAGGCUCCCCAACCUCCAGGACCCAGCCCUCAUCUGUGGUUUUGGCUUCAUCUCCCACAGAACUUCUUGCUAAAUUGAAACUCUUUCCUGGACUAACAUACCUAUUCCGUUGCAUCCGUUGAACUCCUGUGCAUGCUUCAAAGCCCAGCUUUACUUACCCCUCCUUCACGAAGCCUUUCAACAUAGGACAUGCCCUCCUUCUCUGCCUCCUUUAAAUUCUUAAUGUAGCUGCUGCCUUUGUUGAGGUUUUAUGUUAUUCUGUUUUCCUACGCACAUGUGUAUUUUUAGAGCUAGACUAAGCUCCUGAAGGACAAAGAGCCCACCUUAUAAUUUUUGUGCAUGGCCUGGACCUGCUAAGAAAAAAAAAAAAUCCAGUGGAUUGAGUGCUUUGUCAUCUCCAUAGUAACAUUUGCAGAUUGUGCUCUCUACUCGGUUGAAUGAUGAAGUUGGCACAGAUCUGGGUUCUGGUCCUGACUGACAUUUCUGGCUAUGCAACUUUCAGCCAGUCCUCAGUUUACUCAUCGUUAUAUAAAAGGAUAUAUAGUGGACAGGUUGGAUGAUUCUUAAUUGCCCUUCCAAAGCCAAAGUUCUGGCUUUUUCUGUUCCAGUCUAGCCCUUGGCCUGUUAUGUUUUUAUCUACAUGUAGAGAGUCCUCUAGCCUUGCAUGACCAAGGUGUCCCAGACCUGAUGGGCCUUUGGACAGAACACAGGCCUAGCGAGCAGGAGACCUGGAUACUCAUCCCAGGUGAGAAGCUUCCUAGAAGCAUGACCGUUGGCUUACGUCACUUACCCUGUCCGAGGGCCGGUUUACUCCUUUGUAAAUGGAUCUGGUGAACAUGAAAGGUAAUUGUGUGGGUGACUUGCUGUGUAAGAGACCAGUCUGACCGUUUUCUUUCUCUGAGCCAGAGAAGAGAAAUUGUGGACAUAGACCCACCCUCGGAAAUGGCCAUUGUAGACAUUUCUCUUUAGAGAUUUCUCCGAGGGCAGCUAUGCUCAGUAAGAGUAACUCGUGGAGGCAGUCGCUGUCCUUCUCCCCUGCUGCAGAGGAUAUGUGGGCUGGGGACAGGAUCUGUAGAAGCCUGUCUUUGUCAUCCACCCAUAAAACCCUGGUAAGUCUCGUAAGAGAAUAAAAAUGUGUCUGUUAAAUGACGGAACAGCUGUUUCUGCAUUUUAAGGCUGACUUACGGGACCCUCCUGGGAGGGUUCUUUCCUGCCUUUUCCUCUCCAAGUUUCUGGUGGUUUAAGUGGUGGGUAGAACACUCAGGUGUGCCCCCAGGUACUUCCUUUGCAUCUGCCCCUUGGUUUCCCCAUUUAGAAAAUCCUGUGAUCUCUGCCUUGCCUGCCUCCCAGGGUUGUGUGAGGAUCAGAACCCAUCAGGGGACACGCUCUGCUUGAAGGCUGUGUGCCAAGGACAGGCACGGAGGUGGUGUCUUGAUAGGGGAGCGGAGGGUGUGACUCAGAGCUUGGCUCCUAGACUGACUCGGAUCCAGGUUCUGCUCUUUGGGGCAGCGUCCUUCCCAUCCUUGGGUGUGACUCCUCACGUGUGGAAUGAGGAUAAGAGUACCUCCUUGGCAGGUAUUGUGAAGAUGAAGUGUAAAGUACUUGCAACUUUGAGUUGCAAGCUUGAGUAAGAGCACAAUAAAUUGUUGCUAUAUGUAUAUAUAUAUAUUUUAUUUUAUUUUAUUAUUAUUAUUUUUAAUCUCUCACUAUGUCUUAUAUACCGCAG